CUUAAACUGCUACCACGUGUAAAUCCUAAUUUGUUGUGUGAUGCCUUGAUGCCUGUAAUGGGAAACUUCUAACAACACAAAUUUGUUUCUUUUGGACUGUGUCACAAUAUAUCGGACUUCAGCAAACAUGUUUCAAGCACAGCUCAUUGGUCGACGAAUCUUUUCUACUGAACUGACCUGUGUGUCAAAAAGCUUACUGACCAUUUUAAGAAUAAGACCAUUCUGUAGCAGUGCUGAUGUCAGAAGCAAAUCUGGAAUCACUCUGAACAACGCUGUAGAUAACCACAGCAAUACUCCAGAAAGCCCUAACUCAUCUUCAGACAGCCUUAAAAAAUCUGAUGAUAACACUUUCAAUAGAACUGCAAUCAGCCAAAACAGUACUAGUCAAAUUAGUUCUGCAAGUAUAGGGUAUGAUAAUCACAGUUUAAAUAUGUCUGAUAGUGAUGAUGAAUGUAUUCCUUUAUUUAAAAGAAAGGGAAAUAUAAGAAAUCAUAGACUGAAAAAAGCAAGGGACUUCAUGGAUAACUUGAGCCCUGAAUUGAUCGAGAAGAAAAUGAAAAUUGAAGCAAUUGUGGACGGACUGCUUGAAACAAACGCUCUAGUGCCAACCAAUUUUGACCUUAUUGACUGGCAACACUUGCUUGGACGGAACCCCAAUUACCAUUCGAUAGCAAAGUGCUGUAGGUAUUUGUACCACAUUGAACAAGCAAAUGAACAUGCAGAAAAACAGAAGGUACUUGAGGCUCAAGAAAGGGAGAAGAAUCUGUCGCCAAAGGAGUUACAGUUGUUUUACUUUCUACCUUCUUUAAUGAGAGAAAAGUGUAUUAAGCAUUGGAGCCGUCUAAGAUGCCUAAAGAGUAAUAUCCCUUUGAUACUUGACUUCAACUAUCCUGAUUCCUCUGAUCGUGAAAAGAAAGCAACCAUCAGACAGCUGAAUGAAGUCUUAGCGGUUAACUACGCACACCCACAACCUUGCCAUCUUCACAUGACAAGUGUAAUGGAUAAUGAUAGUUUAAAAGAGUUUCUUGAGGUAACAGGUGACACGUUGUGUGGUACGGUCCAUGAAAAACCCUUCUGGGAGGUGUUUCCAAAGGACAAGUUGGUGUACCUGACUCAAGAUGGUCCUAGGUUGAAAAGUUACACAGGAGAUGAGAUUUUUAUCGUUGGAGGCCUGGUGGAAAUUGGUCGCUCUUCUCCAGAGUCGUACUUAAAGGCAAAAAAGCUCGGAAUCCGAUGUGCUUCCCUUCCGUUUACGGACUACACCUUCUUUCAGCAUAACAAGAGGCUCCGACUGGGUCAUGUUGUCCGGAUCAUGCUGGACUACUUUCUGCACCACGACUGGCCACGGGCAUUUAAAUCACUCACCUGUGACAACUCUGAAGAGGGCUGGAGAGAUGAUAAGUCAGAGGACAGCAAAGUCAAGAAGAACAUGAGAUAUGAGCGCUAUAUCUCAGAUACAAGGAGCGGUAAUAAGUAUCAGGAAACAAGAAAAUUCCAAAGGAGUAAAAGGCAGUAUUGACAUAGAACAUUGAAGAACAGCAUGAUAUGUUGCCAUAGAGAAUGUGUUUGUAAAGAGUAUCAGUGAUUUUCUAAUCAGGAAACAACAACAAUAAAACAUGUGAUAUAUAUUCCCUUUGACAUUUCAAUAUAGAGAAUUCAAAGAAGAGUGACAUUUAUUCAAAGGUUUAGAUAAUAUUGUGUGAUAUUUUGAUUUGCCUAUUUAUAAUUGAGAUGAAUAUUGUUUGCUUCAUUUGUCAUUAUUGUUUGAGGAUUAAAAUUAUUUGUCAAAGAAAGGAACUUGACUGGAAAUAAGCGUGCACCUGUUUGCUGCUGUUUCUAGAUCAUGUGAUACAAAAAAUGUUUCUAUUUCUGUUACACAUUAAAAUCGAUGAGAUUAAUGUUUUAAUUUUAACCGAGAAAUAAAAUGCAAUUUAAACAAAAUGAAUGAAUUUUUGAUUUUUUAUA